UUCUAUUUGCCUGUUGCAGUAUGCAGAAGGGUGAAUUUUCGUAAAUUUUAAGAAACAAAUCUUAAACUGGCUUUGCCUUUGACAUAUAAACGCUGUUGUUCUUGUUCAAGAACGGUUAUAUUGUGAUUUAGUUUAUUUUAAACUGUGGUAUUAAUAUUUUAAAAUUUAAGUAGGUUAGUAGGGUUAGAAUAAUUGUACUCAAGAUGGCAAAUCCUUUCCUCGGUGCAAAUGUCUCAAUUAAAUGUUUUGAUGGACUUGGUGUGUAUCAAGGAUCAGUUUUAGAUGUUAAUUCUGAGAAUCAAUCCAUUUGUUUAGGAAAGCCGUUUAAAAAUGGUUUUGCUUGCACUGAGCCUCAAAUCGUGUUAAGUGCUCACAUCAUCGAGAGUAUCAAGAUAGUUGAGAAUAUAGACGAGCCAGAUGCCUCAGUCGCCAGUACAAUUUCAGUUCCCAAACCUGUGCCCAAACGCGCACACAGGCCUGUGAGUGAAAACAUUGCUCAUUUCAAACCAAACGUAAACACAACACCGAACAAGCAGUUUGCUAAACCUGCGCCUAAAUUGAGUGAAUCUCCCAGAAAAGCUUUGAAUGAUGCUGAUACAUUUCAAAGUGCCUUGUUUGCCAACAGCAACAAGAAAAACCCUCGGCACAAAUGGACGGAGAGAGACGAGGCUUGCUUUGGCGAAUCAAUAAAACCUCAUCAAAUGAUGAAAGAAUUUGACUUUGAGAAAAACCUAGCGUUGUUCAACAAAAAGGCCGUCUUUGAAGAGAUAAACGCCAAUCAGAGGCCAGACGUUGUGAAACAGACUGACCGACCAAAUCGCAACUAUAAAAAUGAGGAGGUCCAGUCUCGCUUCCGUCAGAUCGCUGUUCCUCAGACGUACUACAAGGAGUAUAUCACUGACGAGGGGAUGGUAGUGCCCAGCCUGACACCCAGUUUACUCUCGCAGCUGUUGGUAGCCAUGGAGGAGGCGGAGCUAACGUUCCCUCGUCAGGCAGAGCUGAUGGGACGAGCUGUGGCGGAGGUUUCAAUACCCUUACUCGGCGGACCUCACAGACUGAACCCAGUGAACAGCCAGCAGUGUCCGGUGGUGGUGGUACUCGCCGGUUCUCACAGGCCCGGCGCGCUGGCUGUCAAUAGCGCCAGGCAGCUGGCUACCCAGGGCGUGGACACCAUGGUGUUCCUCAGCCACCCUACGCUGUAUGACGAGAACGUCAACAGGGAACUCAACCUGUACAGACUCACAGGGCAGAAAAUCACUGACAAUGUCAACGAGCUGCCAACCUCCAACGUAGACCUGGUGAUCGUGGGACUUGCAGAUGAGAGGACAGUUAAGAUACCUCGGCCCAUCGUCUCAUGGGCUAGUGAUAGCAAGAGUGUCAUGUUGGCUAUUGAGCCUCCGGGAUCCGGCACUCCAGGAAUUCCUGUCAAACACUCCCUGAUGUCCGGACUGCCUGUCGCACACUGCCAGGACAACGGCAACCUGUUCCUGGUCAACCUGGCAAUACCUCAGAUGGUCUUCUCCCGAUUGAACAUCCGCUACCGAUCUCCAUUUGGCUCAAAAUUUGUGAUUCCUCUUCACCCAAAAGAAUGAAGACGUCCUUGGCCCUAAGGAGUCGGGCUUUAAAAUUUGACUUCAGUAUAGUUCAUACCACGAAUACUAGAAAAA